AUGUCCGAUGGUUAUUACAAUUCGAAGAAGACCGAUGAUAUCUGCGACGAUGUUUGUGGACAGCAGGGAUCUAAAGCAGCAGCAACAAUCUCACGCCUCAAAUGCGUCCUUAAAGGCUUCGACAUAAGAACUCUCUUAUGCCUCUUCAUCCUCAUGCCAUUCGCUAUCUUCGCAAUCUACCUCCACGGCCAAAAGCUCACUUACUUCUUCAGACCCCUCUGGGAAUCACCACCAAAGCCCUUUCAAACCAUCCCUCACUACUACACAGAGAACGCAACGAUGGAGUCUCUAUGCUCCCUCCACGGCUGGGGAGUCAGAGAGUCUCCACGACGUGUCUACGACGCUGUUCUGUUCAGCAACGAGAAAGAUCUCUUAACAGUUCGUUGGAAAGAGCUUUACCCUUACGUGACACAGUUUGUACUUCUUGAAUCAAACUCAACGUUCACCGGUUUGCCUAAACCGUUUGUGUUCAAAACCAAUAAGGAUCAGUUUAACUUCGUGGAGUCGAGGUUGACCUAUGGGAAUAUUGGAGGAAGGUUUAGGAGAGGGGAGAAUCCUUUUGUGGAAGAGGCCUAUCAGCGUAUGGCAUUGGAUAAGCUACUUAGAAUCGCUGGCAUUGAAGAGGAUGAUUUGUUGAUUAUGUCUGAUGUUGAUGAGAUACCAAGUGCUCACACCAUCAACCUCUUGAGAUGGUGUGAUGAUAUUCCUCCUGUGCUUCACCUUCAGCUCAAGAACUACUUGUAUUCUUUUGAGUACUAUGUCGAUAGCAAGAGCUGGAGAGCGUCUAUACACCGUUACAACCCGGUGAAAACUCGGUAUGCACAUUUUCGACAGAGUGAUGUUGUGUUAGCUGAUUCAGGAUGGCACUGCAGCUUCUGUUUCCGUUAUAUAAGUGAUUUUGUGUUCAAGAUGAAGGCUUACAGUCACUCGGACCGUGUUAGAUUCUCUCAUUAUUUGAAUCCUAAGAGGAUUCAAGAUGUUAUAUGCAAAGGAACUGAUUUGUUUGAUAUGUUGCCUGAGGAGUACACGUUUAAGGAGAUGAUUGGUAAGAUGGGACCUGUGCCUCGUUCUUAUUCAGCUGUUCAUCUACCUUAUUACCUGCUGGAGAACGCUGAGAAGUACAAGUACUUGUUACCUGGUAAUUGCAUAAGAGAAAAACAGACAGGGUUUCUAUGA